CAGCUUCACACUCUUACCAUUAAAUUCUGCUCCUCUCUCUCUCUCUCUCUCUCUCUCUCUCUCUAGUCUGAACAAUGUCGAAGCUACUGCUCAUCCACUCUCCUCACUUCACUCCAGUCUAUCGCCGAACCAUCACUUCCGUCCUCUCAAAACCUUAUCUCUGCCUCUCUCCCUCUCCCCUUCUUCUCCAUUCCAACACUCGUCAUCUCCAUCUCCUAACCCAUCACUCUCUCCUCCCUUCCUUUCCUUCUUCCUUUCUCUCCAGAAAUUUGUCUGCUCGGGCCUUCGAUUCCUCCUCAGAGUCUAAAACUCAGCAGGAAGAUAAAACAUUAGAGAAGAACGAUUCCGACUCUGAAGAUGGAACCCUUAAGAAUUUUAAAGAGGAUUAUCCGACUGGAGAGUUUCAGUUUAAGGAAUUUGGAUCUUGGAAUCGUUUUCUUGUCAAGCUUCGGAUGCUAAUCGCUUUCCCUUGGGAACGCGUUCGCAAAGGCAGUGUCUUGACUAUGAAAUUGCGCGGCCAGAUAUCUGAUCAGCUAAAGAGCCGUUUCUCUUCAGGGCUAUCCUUACCUCAGAUUUGUGAAAAUUUCAUAAAAGCUGCAUAUGAUCCUCGUAUUUCUGGCAUUUAUCUCCACAUAGAGCCCUUGAAUUGUGGGUGGGGUAAAGUUGAAGAGAUUCAGAGACACAUAUUGAAUUUCAAGCAAUCAGGUAAAUUCGUUGUUUGCUAUAUCCCUGUUUGUAGAGAGAAAGAGUAUUAUCUUGCUUGUGCCUGCGAUGAGAUAUAUGUCCCUCCAAGUGCUUAUUUUUCUUUAUAUGGAUUGACAGUUCAAGCAUCAUUUCUUGGAGGAGUUCUUGAGAAUGUAGGAAUUCAACCAGAAGUGCAAAGGAUUGGUAAAUACAAAAGUGCUGGGGAUCAGCUUACACGGAAAUCUAUGUCUGAAGAAAAUUGUGAGAUGCUGACAACAUUGCUUGAUAACAUCUAUGGGAAUUGGCUGGAUAACAUUUCUUCUGCAAAAGGAAAAAAAAUAGAACAACUUGAGAACUUCAUCAGUGAAGGAGUCUACAAAGUAGAAAGGCUGAAAGAAGAAGGCUUGAUAACAAAUAUAUGCUAUGAUGAUGAGGUAGAGAAAUGUCUUCUCAGUUUGCUCCAAAGCUGUCCAACUGUUAUCUCAAUGUUGAAAGAGAAACUCGGAGUUGAAAAGGAUAAAAUUCUUCCUAUGGUUGACUACGGGAAGUACUCGCGAGUGAGGAAUUGGACACUUGGUUUAACUGGUGGUAAGGACCAAAUUGCUGUGAUCAGGGCCUCUGGGAGCAUUAGUCGUGUACGGAGUCCAUUAAGUUUACCAAGCUCUGGUAUCAUUGGGGAGCAAUUCAUUGAGAAGAUUCAACAAGUAAGAGAGUCGAAAAGAUAUAAAGCUGUUAUUAUUCGGAUUGACAGCCCUGGAGGUGAUGCCCUUGCUUCUGAUUUAAUGUGGAGGGAAAUCCGGCUUUUGGCUGAAAAAAAACCUGUGAUUGCGUCUAUGUCUGAUGUGGCUGCGAGUGGAGGAUACUAUAUGGCAAUGGCAGCAGGGGCUAUUGUUGCGGAAAAUUUAACCUUAACUGGCUCUAUUGGAGUUGUUACAGGGAAGUUUAACCUUGGGAAACUAUAUGAAAGGAUUGGCUUCAACAAGGAAAUUAUAUCAAGAGGUAAAUAUGCUGAGCUCCUUGCAGCUGAACAACGACCUAUGAGACCAGAUGAAGCAGAACUUUUUGCUAGGUCAGCUCAAAAUGCAUAUAAGCAAUUUCGAGACAAGGCAGCAUUUUCAAGAUCAAUGGCUGUGGAUAAGAUGGAAGAGGUUGCACAAGGCAGAGUCUGGACUGGUAAAGAUGCAGCUUCACGAGGUCUAGUUGAUGCUACUGGUGGGCUAUCUCGAGCUAUUGCCAUCGCAAAACAGAAAGCCAACAUUCCCCAAGACAAACAGGUAACCCUGGUUGAACUGUCAAGACCCUCGCCUACACUGCCAGAGAUCUUAAGUGGCAUAGGGAGCUCAAUAGCAGGAGUAGACAGAACAUUGAAAGAACUGCUACAAGACCUAUCAUUUUCAGAUGGAGUUCAAGCCCGGAUGGAUGGAAUCUUGUUCCAGAGAUUGGAGGGAACUUCAUAUGCCAAUCCCAUUUUAGGUUUGAUAAGAGAUUACCUCAAUUCCCUCUGACCAAUUUGUCUUAACCAUUUUCCCCCUUUGGCUGAAUGUAUAUUGGGUUUGAUUUUUUUAAUAAUGGUAAUGUAAUGGUGAUAGGGGGACCAAUAGAUCUCUUUAUAGGGGAUGGAACUUACCUCAUUCCAGAAAAGAUGGAUAGGGGUGGUCUAGUCUGAAUUUUGUUCCUGUUAAACUUUGGAACGAGUUCAUCCACGUUAUAGGGAAAAAAAAGAAAGAAAGAAAGAAAGAAAGAUUACAAUUUUUUUUUAUUAAUAAUGUGAAAGUGUAAUAUAGAAAAUUAAUUCUUAUUAUUUAUAGAUGCGUUUCCCUAUAGGACUCUGAUUAGACCA